AUGCUCUCUAAGGCGUUCGCGAUCACAUCCAUUCUGCUCUCCCUCCGCUCAUCUCUUGUCCAAGUCAACGCUCAACUCACCGGAACUGUCGGUCCUACGAACGUGCUGUCGACCAAGACCGUUACUUGUAGUGUGUUGGACUAUGGAGGGGAGGUCGGGAGCAGCGACAUUGGGCCGGCGAUUCUGGAUGCAUUCAAUGAAUGUGUCCUGAAGAAUGAUGGCGCCGUGCUUUACCUCCCUGAGGGAGACUACGAUAUGCAAACUUGGGUAACACUCAAUAAAGGAUCUAACUGGGCCUUCCGCAUGGACGGAUUCAUUACUCGUACCGCGACAACCGGUGGACAUAUGAUCAUUAUCGAGAACGCGGAUGAUUUCGAGAUGUAUAGUUCAACGUCUGCCGGUGGCUUCCAAGGCAAUGGCUACGAAUGCCGCAACGCUGGACCUCGAUUCCUUCGCAUCGUCACCUCGACAAACUGGUCCCUUCACGACCUCAUCUUCGUCGACUCACCCGAGUUCCACGUCAUCAUCCAAGAAGGCUCAAAUGGCGAGAUCUACAACUUGGCCAUUCGCGGAGCCGAUAUUGGUGGGAGCGACGGCAUUGACAUCAGCGGUGAUAACCAUUGGGUUCACGACGUCGAAGUGACCAACAGAGACGAAUGUGUCACGAUUAAGUCUCCCGCAAGCAACAUGCUCAUCGAGCAGGUCUGGUGUAACCAGUCUGGUGGAUGCGCGUUCGGUAGCCUGGGCGCUGAUACAGCCAUUUCGAACAUCUAUUACAAGAACAUCUAUACGAAUGGUGGAAAUCAAGCCAUGAUGUUCAAAUCGAACGGAGGAAACGGAACAGUAGAUAACGUGCUCUUGGAGAACUUCAGUUCUACCGGAACUGCCUACGGCCUCGACGUCAACCAGUACUGGUCCAGUAUGACCGCUGUCGACGGCGAUGGUGUCAAGCUCACGAACAUCGAGUUCAAGAACUGGAACGGAGAUGUCGUCAACGGAGUCAACAGGCCCCCAGUGCAAUUUAUCUGUGCCGAUGGGGCUCCAUGCGUUAACAUGACCCUCACCGACGUCAACAUGUGGUCUGAAACCGACAAGGCCAUCUAUAAGUGCGAAUCGGCGUAUGGAACCGGCGCCUGUCUCCAAGAAGUCGACUCUUCAAUAACCUCAUAUGCAGCUAGUACGUCUUCGUACUCGCAGCCUACAGGAUAUACGAGCGUCGUGACUAUGGAUGGUGACUUGACCGCUGGGUUCACUUCUACGGCUUCGAUCCCUGUUCCGACGAUUCCAUCUACCUUCUACCCUGGCCUUGCCCAGAUCACCCCUCUCGCCAAGAACCUCGCCUCUGCUUCCGCUGCCGUGUCUGUAACUGCUUCUGGUCAAGUCGUUAAUGCUGGCUGUGCGCAACCCGAGAGCACUCCUUUCGCCAAGAGUCAGGAGUGGCGCGGGCAUUUCAGGCGUGGGUUUGAGUCCAGGGCGUUAUAG